GUAAUUUAACAAGUCGGAGCAAUGGAAAACAAGGGAAAAUUGACUUUGCAGUGUUCUCCAGGCACGUUCCAAAAAGUGCAAAAUGAUACGGAGUAUAGAAAUAAAGUGGUACAAGAUGCUGCUGGUGACGACUUUUACGAAGAAAUUGAUAUUUCGCAAUAUAGUGCCCUUGCAACUGCGCCAGGAGUAAUUGGCGAUCCUGAUUAUAUACCUAUAUGCCCCCCUGUGGGCACCAACAAGGGACCAGUUAGCGCCGGUACUGACGACUGCAUGACUGAUUUCGCUACCGACAGUGAGGCAAUAGAUAAUGCGGAUGAAGACGGAGAAGAGCCUCUCAGCUUUGAGCCCGGGUGUAGCAAAGAAACGCCUGAUAAAAAAACGACUUGGCUUGAUGCUCCCAUGAAGUUUUUAAUAUCCAGGGUUAAGGAGUUGCGACCAAAAGUUGGCAAAAGCGCAAAGUUGAGGAAAAAGCGGCAAAUGUGGAUGCAAAUAAGUAACGAGCUGCGGGAUAAGGGCUAUGCUUUCAGUUGGCCACAAGUGGAAACUAAAUUUUUCAGCUUGGAGCGUCAAUAUAAAAAAGCUCAGCUACAUAACUCCAAAACGGGGCGAAAUCGACAAUUUUGCCCUUACCAAGCUGAAUUGGAUGACCUACUUCUGGAGAGAGUCGCCAUAAACCCACAAUACCUCAUAGACAGUGAAAGCAGCUGCAGAAGUCUGGAAGAAAGUUCUCAGUCGGCACCAGCUACCCCGGGAAAAAUCAUAAUCGCAAAACCUGAUUUUGAUUCCGAUUUAUUUAUUCUCUUUUAUAUGUCAUUUUAUUUUAGAAAACCCGGAUGUAACGCCAUCCUGCUCCCAAAGAAGGGGAAAAAGUAAUUUUGACCUUAUAUGGGAG